UGCAUAUGAUGAAUAUGAGGGACCUCAAACAAAUUAUAAUUUCAUUGUGAUAAAAUGAUAAAAAAUGUGGGGAUAUUCUCAUCUUUAGUCACGAGGUGUUUGUGAUAAUUUCUCCAGCAAUUAAAAUAGGAAUGCUCCUCUGCUGCUGUUGGUAUGGAUACCGACCGGUGACAGGGUAGUGGGCUUUCUUUAAUAACAAUAAUGACAAUACGAGUAAUAAUAAUAACGUAAAGAACAAAACCACAUCCCCCACCACCACCGCCACGGCGCCGCCGCCUAUAGUCCCAUCCGUCAGCUGCACGUUCCGUGUUUGUUCUUUACCACUCCCACUCCAUCCAGCUCACAGCCCCCACCUUUGUAAACCAAUAGCCUUCUCUUGGCUUCCACAGUUCCACAUCCUUCAUUUUCCUGCGUUAUUCAAGAAAUCUUGACCCAAAUCCCCUCUAGUCUUUCUUGUUUUGAGAUCGAAUCCCCAGAGAGAGCAUCCUCUGCUCGAGUAUAACCCACUUCCAGGUAUUUAUUUAUCUGUUUGGGCUUUUCUUGUUUGUCAAAAUCAUCAUGCAAGAAUACUUUUUUUUUAUUUAGUUAUGGAUUUUUACAGUUGAAUUGAUGAACGGACCUAGUUAAGUUAAUAAUUCCCUCUAUAUCAGAGUAAAUAGCGUUCGAUUUGUUCUUGGUCUGCUUUUGAGGAAUUCAGUAUAAUAAGAUUAAAGUGUUGACAAAUCCACUUCAUAUGUUCGUCCUUUUCUUCCUUUAUCGUUUUAGUGAUUUUGCUUUAAGUCUUUUGAAUCUUGGGGUCUCUCAUUUCCACUUACUUUAUUUCAAACAUAUCUCCGGAGUUUACCAACUUUUUUUUUAUUGACUGACUACCUCUCUCAUUUGCAAAUAAAUUUUGGAUUUCAUAUUUAGGACCCAUAGUAGGGAUCUCUCAUUUUUUCUAUUUUCCUAAUCUAUUUGCAAUCAAUAUACAGUAGUCUACUGUCUUCUACUUUCGCUUUGCUUGUAUUGCUGGCUUUGUUAGCAUCAGCUCAGAUCUUCUGUGAAGGCUUUGAAAAAUUGAGCAAAGAUUUAGCAGAACCUUGUUUUCUAUUUUGACUUUCCCUGAGAUCAGAACAUUGGUAAGUUUCAAAUAGAUGACCGCUUUCUGUUCCUGAGCAAAAAUGGGCUGUUCUGUCUCAACCAAUAGUAAUGGAGAGAAAGAUUCUUCUGAAUGUUUAUGCAUGAACGUGUUUGGGAGAAAGAGAACAUUCCAGAAAAAUAUCAGGGAAUUGCAGCAGUUGUCUUCCAUACCCAACCGAAUUUUCACAAAUGGAAGGAGCCGUACUUCUUGUAUAUUCACUCAACAAGGCCGCAAGGGUAUAAAUCAGGAUGCCAUGAUUGUGUGGGAAGAUUUCAUGGCUGAAGAUGUAACUUUUUGUGGUGUCUUUGACGGGCAUGGCCCAUACGGUCAUAUGGUUGCUCGCAAAGUGAGGGAUCAAUUGCCUUUGAAGCUAUUGUCAUUCUUGCGGGCCAUCGAAUCUAAACGCAACGGGUCUUCUACUUCUAAUUGCUGCAAUAGGGACCCAAAGUUGCAGGUUGUUGACCCUGAGAAGGUUGGUCUUGUUGAGGAUAAAGCGGAUGGCUCUUCUUGGAGAGAGGCUUUCUUGAAAUCAUACAAGGCUAUGGACAAAGAUUUGAGGUCUCAUCCUAACUUAGAUUGCUUUUGCAGUGGUAGUACUGCUGUUACUAUUGUAAAACAGGGAUCAAAUCUUUUCAUGGGGAGUAUUGGCGAUUCUCGGGCAAUCUUGGCAUCAAGAGACAGCAAUGAUAUGAUGGUGGCUACCCAAUUGACAGUUGAUUUGAAGCCUGAUUUACCUAAGGAAGCAGAGAGGAUAAAACGGUGCAAGGGACGGGUUUUUGCAUUACAAGACGAACCAGAAGUGCAGAGAGUUUGGCUGCCAUUUGAUAAUGCCCCAGGGUUGGCUAUGGCUAGAGCAUUUGGGGAUUUCUGUUUGAAGGAUUAUGGAGUAAUCUCUAUCCCAGAAGUCUCUCACCGUGUUCUUACUGAUAGGGACAAGUUCAUUGUUCUUGCAUCUGAUGGUGUAUGGGAUGUGCUAAGCAAUGAAGAAGUGGUUGAAAUAGUGACAUCAGCACCUUCAAGGUCAUGCGCAGCAAGAAGCAUAGUAGGAUGUGCAGCACGCGAAUGGAAGGCGAAGUAUCCUACAUCAAAGAUGGAUGAUUGUGCGGUGGUUUGCUUGUUCCUAGAUGGGAAGAUGGAUCCCGAAUCCGACCAAGAAGAACAACAUGCCGGCUUCGGCUUCUCUUCUGCCAACACUAACCAUUCUGGAUAUGUUGCGGAAUCAGAUGAUGUACAACAACAGAGCAUUGAACCCUCACUGCAAAGGAACUUCACUGUUAGAUCAGCAGAAGAGAGCAAUAGUGCUUACAAAACAACAGUGGCUGCGUAUGAUGAAGACGAGGGGGAUUGGUCAGGACUGGAAGGUGUCACGCGAGUCAACUCGUUGGUUCAACUUCCUAGAUUUUCUGGAGAGAGGGAAAGAACUUCGAUUUGAGUUUCUCUCGCUGUUAUCAUCAAUUCAUCGUCAUAUUCUCGAAAGGUUUUCGUGUAAGAAACUGCUGUGGGCAUUCAGCUUUCCCGCUUUCUGUAUGUGGUCAUUGGUAUUGAGUUUGCUGCCAUUUUUCUUGCAGUUUUUUUUUAUCAAUUGUACAAUCCAUUUUAAUGAAGAUGCUGCCACACUAUUAGUAUGUGUAUAUGCUGUAAUCGUGUUUUUGGGUAGACAAUAGGAACUGCUAGUUCGUGUCAGUGAUUGUGUAUGGGUGGUUUGCUGGAUCGCAAGAUUAAAUAAUAAUGUAUCAGGAGAAUGGAAAAUUUAAAUCUUUGGCAAUAGGUCCAAAUAGAUUACUGAGACCUGGUUUGGUAUCCUCUAUUUCGC